AUGGGCCGUGUCCAGCGUUCUCCAUGCUUUCAAUGUCGAUGCCGAAAGGUACGCUGUGAUCGUCGACAGGACAAAUGUGAAAAUUGUGAACGCCUACAAUUCUCCUGCUCCUUUCAAAAGCGAGUUGGUCCUGUAAACCUACAGGCAGAUCUCAAAGCGCCAGACCAUCCCGAACGCCGCCGAGGAAGUCAGGCUUGCAUAGAAUGUCGUCGACAAAAAGCACGCUGCUCAGGAGAGUCCCCUGAAUGCGCAAAUUGCCAGCGCCGUCAAAGACGAUGUCAUUACCCGACAAAAUCCGACUCGAGUCGUGAUGAAACACAAGACAAGCUUGAAAUACACCGCAAUAAUGGAAAGCAUGAAGAAACAUUGCCAAAUUCUCUUAUCCAACGAGAUGAACUUGAGCAGAGCAUCAAUGAUUAUUUCAAACACCUCUAUCCAAUCCUGACGUAUGCCUUUUUGCACGAAUCCUCUGUUCGCCAGGAAUCGACGAAAGGUACUCUUGACCAAAAUUUGGGACUUGCACUCGUGGCGGUAGUUCAAGAAGUUCUGUCAACUGAUACAGAUCCCUCGGACAAAAGUCGCCUUUGGAUAUCGACAGUGGAAAUGAACAUUUGGAAUCAACUGGAGAAGCCUACCAUUUUUUGCUUGCAAUCUCUUCUUCUCGUCAUUCACUACUAUAUACAGAUUGGUCGCUUUUCGCGGGCUUUUAUGCUUGCCGGACUAGCAGCCAGAGGAGCCAUUGCACUGCGUCUGAACCACGAACGGCCGGAGUUGAGCUUCAUAGCCCAAGAGACACGUCGACGAGUCCUUUGGGCUCUUAGCUCUAUCGAUGGCUCAUUCUCUGUAGGCCUCCCGGAGUAUGAAACGAUAUCCCACUCUGUCAUCUAUCAGCGGCUCCCAAGCUCGGAAGAAGAGUUUCGAGAUGGUCAGCCUAUAUCUAGAACAGGCACACACUGGCCAUGGCUGGACAAUGAUCCAGCAGCAGGCUGCAACUUAUUUUCGGCUGGGAUUCGAAUUUCCAAAAUUUUGAAGGAUAUUAUGCGGCUUACGCGGCAACUCGCACUUUCGGAACACCCACUCCCGCAGUUGAGUGGGCUUGUCCAGGAGAUCCAGAACGACCUGUGGAGACUCCAGGCUGACAUCGAACUUUCCUUUCAGUAUCAGGUCGCAACCCCCACUCGCGUGGCUCAGAUGGUAAGCUCGCGAUGGUUUGUGCGCUAUCUCCAAAUUUCGAUUACCUGGCACCAAGCCCAUUGUGACCUGUACCGGCUGUUCCUUCCUAACUACGAUGGCGCGGCCCCCAAAAUAAUCACCGACUCUAUCGAACCCAAUCUUAGAGCACAGGCCCUGGAGAAGUGCCAAGAGCAUGUUCAAAGCAUUAAUUGCAUCAUUCGAGGCGUUCUAGAUUUAUCGCCUUCACCGGUCCUACUCCCACCCUACGUUGCGGUAUGCGCAUACCAUGCGACCCGUUUAACAUUGUUUCUCCCCUGCGCUCCAGAUAUGGAUGUGCAAAUCGACUUCGAUCAUGCAAUCCGGAGCGCAAAUGUCGCGCUCAAUGUGCUGCGGCGAUUCUUUGCAAACUCUGCAUCUGUCGAAAAGAUUAUUCUUGACAUGCAACAUUUGGUAGACCUGUCAAGCAAUGGACCCAAUUCGAUUUACAAAGAACUUUGCUACCCAUUGCCACCAUUCGAUCAGAGCCUGCAUCGCCACAGCCAUCUGGCAGUGCAUAGUUUGGUCAGACAGGCUAAUUUUAUCGAUGGGGGGUAUGAAAACUACGGGGGAGGGUCCUAA